UAUCGAGGUCGAGACCUCCGCUCUGUUCCUUGAAUAGCCUUUCACGAACCGUUUCAAAGCUGUUUUCUUUCAUCGACCAUUAGGCAAGUCUUUCAACAGUGUUUUGCCUCAUUUCACGUUUAAAUCUCGGGGCGCAGAACGCAGUUCUAUCCACACAGCUUUACCGAACAGUUAUUACCGCGCUACUCCAUCCGGUAGAUUACGUCACCAUGGCCAGUGAAGCUCCUCCCGCUACCACAUCUAUUACCGAACCUGGCGCUUCCGAUAAGCCACCUGUCGAUCCUACCACGGACUCCGCGACGGGCGGUGGCGAUGAUAGCAGUGCAACCACCAAGGAUAAUGGCGCAGCCGCGGCAACAUCCACAACUCCAGCUCCUGUGGCCGACAUAGAAGACAAGGCCAAGUCAGAGACAACAGAUGCGCCAAAGGAACCAAUCAAACCCGCUGUAACCGAAGAAGGAGCAAAACAGACGCCGGCUGUAACGGCCGAUAGUGCCUCGAAGCCCACGGUUGGUAUCGCAUCGGCCGUUGCCUCAGCGGUUCCGGCAGCACCGGCACAGCUCCCGGUUCCGGCUCCUGUAACCGCGCCUUCAUCCGCCCCAGAACCAGCCAAGGCGGCAACUAACGGCUCUGCCACUGCUGAGGCGCUUGAGACCAAGAAUGACGAUGCCAAAGUCGGCGACAAGCGAUCGGCUGAGGAGCCAGCGGCUAAAGAAAAUUCUGAUGGGCCUGUCACAAAAGUCAAAGAUGCAGUCAAAAAGGCAGUUGAGCCACUUGCAAAGAAGAUGAAGACAGACGAUAACGUUGAGAAGGCCGAGCCGGAAAAUGGUACUAACGGCGUCAAGCGAGGCAAGUCGAAACGUGAGAAGAAACCAGCGGCGCCUGUGGGAAGGACCGAACGUAAAACGAGAAGCCAGGGGCCUUUGUGAGCGUUUCAGGCAUAAAGUCGAAACUUCAUUUAUCACUGCUGCUUUCUGGGGUUUUUGCGCGCGUGUUCAUGAUAUCGCAGUAUGAAGCGAUGAUUGCCAUCCAUCAGUCUUAUUCGGCGGAUAUAUACUUGGCUUCCUAGGUUAUCCCGUGGUCAUCCCUAAUUCAAAGGGUUUGUCUUUCCUUAAUUUUCGAUGUUUUUUUUUCUCGUUUCGGCAGGUUACCAGAAAAAAAGGGCGGUUAUUUCCAAGGCAAUAAUUUUGUUUCCUCUCCGAUCGGAUGCCCCGAUCUGAGGGCGCGUGCAUGUCUGACUUGCUCGGUUCGCAACGCUUAUGGCUCCAAUGAGCUUGUUGUUGUUGCUCUGUUGAUUAGCUUACUUCUAAUUCUCAAAGUUGGCACAUGUAUAUAAAGAAAUACACGCGAGGCGUGUCCAACUUUUAAGAAAUCGAGUUGUUAGCGCAUCCUCAAGCCCGACGCAACGGAAAGUAGCCGUUGAAAAUUUAUUAAGCG